CUUCAGUUAAAAGACAAGCGGUCGUUGUUCAUUAAUCUGUAUUAAAUGUUACUAAUAAUAUAUGCCAUUUAGCCUUCACUUUUAUCCAAAGCGACUUAGUCACAAGUGCAUGCAGUAAUCAGGGUUAAGGUAGUUCAUCUAACAUAUCUUAAAACAUAACAUGUAAAUAUAUGGCAACUCCUUCAAGACAGUGGCAGACAGAGUAUUCAAAUAGACAGAGGAGGAAAUUGUAUUUGUUUAACUGAAUGGGUUGUAAAUGGUUUAUCAGCAAGUUUCUCACGUCCGCAAACAGAAGGGCUAUCUAUUACUGUUUGUGUCAGUUCCUUGUCGGUGUCAAAUGUUGUUUUUUAACCAAGAUAAACAUCUCUGCCAUUGUUCCAAAUGAAACAGAGCACCUACUCUCUCCCACAUAAUCCUUGCUGAGGUAUUUAAACCCCAGAGCAAGAGGGAGUGCUGUUCUUUUUUACUGAGAUGCCCAACUAGGCUGAGUGUUCAUGAUGUGGUUUCUCAUGAUCUUGCUGGCAAGUAUUACAUUGCAUACUCUCGUGUGCAUCUGUAGCAAUGUCUGUCCAAAGAAGUGUGUGUGUGAUAGUGCAAAGUCAGUGCAGUGUUUCAGGUUGCAGUCUUUUCCCACUGGAAUCACUAAAGAUGUGAGGAAACUAAACCUGGGAUACAACCACAUCAAGCAACUAAAGGGUAGAGACAUAUCUGGCCUGACAGAGCUGGAGGAAGUGAUCAUUUCAUCCUGUGGAGUAGAGGUGGUGGAGGCCAAUGCUCUCAGGGCUCAGGGGCUACUAAGAAGCCUGGAUCUACAGAAGAAUAAACUGCAUCAGAUCCCCCGUGGUCUCCCACCCAGCCUGGAGACCCUCAACGUGGGCCACAACAGGAUCACAGGCCUCCAGGAGUCUGUCUUUGAGGGGCUGAAGAAACUACGCCUGCUUGAUCUUCAGAACAACCAGAUCACCAACCUGCGUUCCAACACCCUCUCCACCCUGAAGAAGUUGGAGUGCCUUUACCUGGAUGGAAAUCAAAUUGAGACAGUUCAAGGUGCUCUGAGACUCCCCCAACUGAAUCUGUUGAGCUUGGGGAACAACAAGAUCCCCUGUUUUCCCUCAUCCUUUUUCACACCACUACAGUCCUUGACGACACUGCGUUUACCAGGGAACCUCCUAUCAAGAGUCCCACUCGAUCUCCCUCACGCCCUGUCCUACCUGAACUUGGACAGGAACCAAAUACGAGCACUGAGAAACCGCGAGAUGGGCCAACUCCGCAACCUCACGUCUCUGUCUGCGUCCUACAAUAGGUUGGUUUCUGUGGAUGGUGGCCUUCGCUUGCCCAACCUCACAGUGCUGGAACUGCCAGGAAACCAGCUGAGGGUGCUGCCCAGUAGACUGAGCCCCAAACUGGAAAAACUGGACUGCAGACAGAACUCCAUUCAGGAAGUCACCUUCCAGCACCUGUCUGGGAUGAAACAGCUGAAGCAUCUCUUCCUAGAGAAUAACACCAUCUGGAACUUUGAAGCUAAUGCUCUGAGGAACAGCGUUCACAUAACCAACCUGGCUCUGGAACAGAAUCUCCUCUCCUCUAUUCCAGACGGGCUUCCAGAGAGUCUGAUCCGCCUGGACUUGAAAGGGAACCGCAUCGAGGCCGUCCAGGAGCAGGAGCUGAGAUCCCUGAAGCGCCUGCAGGUGUUGAACUUGAGGAGAAACAAGCUGACCUCCCUCCCCCAGAUCACCCUGGAUCUGCUUCCACGGCUGAGGACCGUCUACCUAGAUGGGAACCCCUGGAACUGCAGCUGUGAGCUCCUGGGGGUCAAGAGGACCCUGCUGGCCAGGAGGGUGGAGAUCCCUAAAGAGCUGUGUAACGAUGUGAGUGCGCCGGGGGACAGCUGGAGAGCGUACCUGAUGGCCCAGGACAGAUGUGAGGAGUACUUCAUGGAAACCGCCCCUGAGGACCAAGUGGAGCAGACAGACACUGAGGAGUAUUAUGACUAUGAUUCGUAGAUGGAGAUAAAUGUAGCAGGGGAAUUUCAUGUUUAUCUGAACAUACUGGGUAUUUUGAAUGUUUUAACAUUUUACUGUAGUUUGGCAAUUAAUACUAAGGAAGUUACCUUUAGCUGUAUAGUCAAUAGAAAAACAUUAAACUACUGUAUUAACAAACAGCUAUUGCAAUAUACAUUGGUAAAUAGGUAUAUGUAGAAUAUACCUUAAAUACCUAAUGUAUAAUAACAUAAUAAUAAAUAAACAAGUUUCAUUACAGUUUUAAUUUACUUGGCACAAACAGUUGCAAAUAAUCUGCUAUAGGAUAAACCAUGUAAUUACUUUUGUGUGUGUUUGUUUUGUUCUGAAUUUAAUUGCCAUCUUAGUUGAUACUGUAAAAAAGUGUUAUGCACACUUUGCAAAAACAAAAGACAAAUAAAUACUAGCUAUGACCUGCACGGUUUCCAAAUCAGUUUAAACCUAACCCUAACCUUAAGCCUAACUUUAACCACACUGCUAGCCUUAUUCCUAACUCUAACCUUAAAUUAAGCACAAACAGCAAAUGUUUUGCUUUCAUGUUUGUUAAUGAAUGUUUACAAUAUAGCCAAUUGUGACAUUGUGGAUGUGGUAACUAGUGGACACCUCUAGGUUCUGACAAAAAGAACAACCAGAGUAUCUCUGCAUGCGUUUGAGGGGACGGGCGGACGGGAAGUGGGGUGAUGGCGGAAGUGGAUGCUGAGUUUGAAUCCAGUAGUGCUUCGAGCAAAUUUGGUGAAGACGAAUGUUCUGCAUGGACCACAGUAGUAUCAACAACUAGAACAAAAAAUGAAAAUGUCAAAAAUGUCAGUGGAUAAUAUGUGUGAACGAUAAUGAAUCUCUUCUUAUUGGGAUAACUUUGAGUAAGGAUGCAUAUGUGGGAAACCCAUUUGAGGGGUCGAAGAUUUUAAUGCAAGGGCUUGGAAAAGUGGAGUCUGUCAGAGUGGUCUUAUUAAUUGUAUUUCUGAAGAACAGGGGAAGAUUGCAGUGGGCCUCAAGAGAAUCCAGACAACAGAAGUGUUGUGUUUGAAUUUGAGUAGAGCACCUGUCAAAGGAGUCAUCUCAGGGGCGAUGAAGAUCAUUCCUGGUGUGGUUGGUGCCCUGCGUCUCACCCACUGGAAGAACGUCUGUCGGUCCUGUUGUUUUUUGAUAAAGAGCAAAUACCUA